GUGUUGACAUCCAAAAAAAGAUAAUAGUUGUCCAAAUUUAAAAAAAAAUUAUAUAUUUAUUAAUUUCAAUCAAUCUGGGUGUAUUGACGACACCACAGAAGAGACUUAAAGUUCGAUAUUUUUGAGCUUUGACUCAAAAAUCUUCUUUUGAAAGAAAGUUUUUUUUGUGACAAAAAGAAGAAAAAUUGUGCACCUUGUGGUAAAACACAUUCAAUUUGGCAAACAAGUGUAACAUUAGCAUAGAAGAAGAAGAAGCAGUAGCUGCAAACGGAAACGACACAUACGUUUUACAAGGGAGAGAAGAACACCAAGAAACAUGUUUCUUAAAUCAUUUAUCGUUUUAGGAGUGUGUGCCAUUUGUGCUUAUGCACAAACUUCAAACACAGCAAAGGAGAAAAAAUCUGAAGAGGAAUUUGUUUGUCCGGAAGAUAAUCGGAAUGGAAAUUUUGCCGAUCCGAAUCAAUGUAGAAAGUUUUAUCAGUGCGUUGAUGGAUUUCCAUAUACAAAUCGUUGUCCAUCAGGAUUAUACUUUGAUGAUGUGAAUAAGUAUUGUACAUUUAAAGCUGAAGCAAAAUGCGGUCCAAUCGCCUCAACUCCUGGACCAUCUACUGAAGCCCCUACAGAUUUAGCUGAAAGAUGUAACCCUGAAGAAUGUUCGUUGCCAUAUUGCUUCUGUUCAAAAGACGGAACUCAGCCUCCAAAUAAUUUGAAUCCCGAAGAAAUUCCUCAAAUGAUCUUAUUGACAUUCGACGGCGCUGUAAAUUUGAACAAUUACGAUCAUUAUAAAAAACUGUUUAAUGGAAAACGUAAAAAUCCCAAUGGUUGUGACAUCAAGGGAACUUUCUUCAUUGCUCAUGAAUACAGUAAUUAUCAUCAAAUUCAAAAACUUGCUUAUGAUGGGCACGAAAUUGCCGUUGAAAGUAUCUCCAUGCAAGGAGGUUUAGAGGAUAAAGGUUACGAAGAAUGGGUUGGAGAAAUGGUUGGAAUGCGUCAAAUCUUACGUCACUUUGCCAACAUCUCGAAUAGCGAAAUCAACGGUAUGCGAGCUCCUUUCUUGAAGCCCGGCAGAAACACACAAUACAAAGUGCUCGAAGACUUUUCAUUUAUCUAUGAUUCUUCUGUGAGUGUUCCUGCGACUCCCGUUCCAUUGUGGCCUUACACAUUGGAUUACAAACUUCCGCACGAAUGCAAAAGCGGAACAUGCCCAACGAAAAUCUUCCCCGGAGUAUGGGAAGUCCCAAUGAAUACACAUUAUGUCGAAAGUUUUGAAGGAGGUCAUUGUCCAUAUUUGGAUCAAUGUGUUUUGCACAAUUUGGAUGCCGAAGAAGUUCUCGAAUGGUUACAAGAAGAUUUCUCCCGUUACUAUGAACAAAAUCGUGCUCCAUACCAAAUGUCUUUCCAUACAAAUUGGUUCCAAAUCAAAGCUCUCGAACAAGGUUUAUUCCGUUUCUUGGAAUGGGCUUCUGAAUUACCUGAUGUAUAUUUUGUUACCAUCGAACAAGCUCUCACGUGGAUUACAGAUCCAAAAACGACGAAACAACUGAACAAUUAUGAAGCAUGGAAUUGCAAAACGCGCACAACUCAAACGCCAAAGCCAUGCGUUGAAUCGAACAAAUGUGCCUUGGCUUUCAAGAAUGGAAAUAUCACAGAUACCCGCUACAUGGAAACAUGCAACGAAUGCCCUCGACAAUUCCCAUGGUUGGGAGAUUCUGAAGGCACGGGAGUUCCUGGAAGAGAUAAUUACAUUUUCAAUGCUGGCAAUAGGGCUCCCAAUGCUGCUAACGGAGAAGAUGAUCCACAGACAAAAAAAUAAUAAGCUACUCGUUAAAAUAAAGUAAUAGAAAACAAAGAGUUUUGUAGUUAGUUAAAAAAAAAAAAAUAAAAUGUAA